AUGGAUCACCAGCAAAGUCUUCCUAAUGUAGUUAGAGUGGUAGUGACUAGAGACAAUGGCGGAUAUGGCAUGAAAGUUUCUGGAGAUAAUCCUGUUUAUGUCCAAAGUGUCAAGGAUGGGGGCCCUGCUGAAAAGGCAGGCUUACACGCUGGAGAUAAGAUAAUUCAAGUCAAUGGCAAUAAUGUGAUGCAUUCUACUCACACUGAUGUUGUGGCUUUAAUCAAAGCUCACGCCCAAGUUGUAUUGACAGUACAGCAAAGAACCUCCCCUUUACGUUCACCUAGUUCAAGACCGUCUAGUUUACCUUCGAGCACAAAAAUUACUGCUCCUCAGCCUGUUGAUAAUGAAAAACAGUAUCAGUUGCAGCAGGAGAAAGAACAAUAUUACCGUUUGAUGAUUGAAAAAGAACAGCAUCACUUGGAUAAGUUGCGAAGUGAAGUUGCUACUUCGCCUAAUGAAAAGAAGAAUUUGGAAUUAGCCAAAGCAGAGAGGAAUUUGAAGACUUUGCAGGAUAAUCUAAUACUUUUGUCAGAGAACGACGUCCCUCCUCCAUUACCACCCCGUACUUACCAACCACUUAACACGUACACAAACGACGCCUCGAAUUCCAUCGAUAAACAAAUGUCAUAUCCGCUAGUGUCUAUAUCGACCCCCUUACAUGAUGGUCAAAUCAGCAAGCAUCAUCGCACCAAAUCCAGUCCCGAUUACCUUACUUCUUGUACAGAUGGUAGUCCGAGACACCCUGCAACCCCACCUGGUACUCCGCCACCACCGUAUCCUAGUCCGGAACCAGGAAGAAGGUUCCAAAUGGGAGUGUCUUACGAUGGGUCUUUUGAUUUUAUGCCAAAUUCUCCAAACGAAUCGUUCAUCGAAACCGAUCCGUCCUCACCAAACAACUCCCACAUAAAAGCAGCCAAUUCCCGCAUAGCCCAACAACCAAUCAUCAGCAUGGAGGACGACGACAUCUCAGAUUUAGAAACCGAUCAAGAAGAAGAUCAUGGGUAUUUCAAAUCGCUGGCCCGUUUAUGGGAACAUCUACCCCACCUGGCUGUGUUCAUGAAUUACGUUUUAUCAAAUUCCGAUCCCAAUAGUUUGCUAUUCUACUUGUUGACUGAUCUUUACAAGGAAGGCAACGCCAAAGAAAUGAGAAAAUGGGCUUUUGAAAUUCAUUCAUGUUUCCUUGUGCCUGGAGCGCCUUUAAGAUUAAAUAAUGUGGAUGAAAAUGUUGCAAGAGAAAUCGAUGAUGAUUUAACUAAAGAGUAUGAUAAAGAGGAGAUAAUGAGGAAGAUUUUUUGGAAAGCACGUCAAAGGGCUAAAGAAGAACUUACAAGACAAUUAGCAGAUUUUCAACAGAAAAGAACAGCUGGCUUAGGGACGAUUUAUGGUCCUUUUAGAGGUAAAGAACGAGGGAUUAGGAAGCUUAUAGGGAUGCGUCACGAUGUUGAGCAGAGUAGGCGGAAGGCGUCCCAGUUUAUUCAAAUGGAGAAAGAAAAAAGACAGAUGGAGGAAAAAGACUGUAUAAAUGAAAAUGCUGAGGCUGGUAAGUGA